UCCGUGAGAGCAGGAAUGGAUAAUAAAACCCUGCUUGGCCCCCGCCUUCUUUCUCUAUAUUCCUGUUCCCGGCCGCCACGGCUCCGCUCUCACUCUCCCCUUUCUCUGCCAAUUAGCAGGGCUGUUUUGGGCAAGAGGAUAUUCGAAAAAAAAGAGUUGCAGAGGGAGGAAAUGGCGGCAGCUGCAGGGUUCCUGGCUACAUCGUCCCCUUCUGCACCCAGAACCACGUUUGUCUCACCAAAUCCAGUGUCCCACAAAAACCUGAACGGUGGGAUUCUCACGUUUUCAAGAAGAAGCCAGACUUUCCCCAGAAUAAACGCAAUUGCCACGAAAUGGGACCCCGCAAAGGUUGUACCUCAAGCGGAUAGGGUUCUAGUUCGCCUGGAGCAGUUGCCUGAAAAAUCUUCUGGUGGAGUGUUGUUGCCAAAAUCAGCUGUCAAAUUUGAACGGUAUCUUAUGGGCGAGGUUUUGUCUGUUGGAGUGGACGUCACUAAUGUUGAAGCUGGCAAGAAGGUUCUUUUCUCGGACAUUAAUGCAUAUGAGGUGGACCUGGGGACUGAUGCCAAACACUGCUUCUGUAAGGCUGGAGACCUAUUGGCUCUGGUUGAGUAACCAGGACCAACUAUUCAUUUCCCAUUACGGGUGGCAUCUUUGAGUUCUCCGGUAGUUUUUAGGCCGUUGUAGGUUCUUGUCGUUGCUGUUUUGUCAUUUACAUGAAAAUAAAUUAGUUUGUUGGUCGUGGCUUUCCAAAAUCUCCCUCUCCCUCUCUGUGUGGGAUCCUACAUAUUAUGUUGUGGCCACUCAGACAGAAUUAUUACAUCAGAAAGAUCGACUAAGCAAUACCAAGGUGAAUUUUGUCGAGCCA